AAACAGGUACGAAAUAGUGGGCAAAGGUCCUUUUGCGACGUCAAACAUCAAUUCUAUGGAUCAUUUACAUAGUCCGCCAGCUUUCUAGAGCUGCGCAAGGUAAAGAGAACAUCGUGAUAAAUAGAGCGCGAUGAGCUAUGCGUUUAGAGCGUGUUCGCAGUUGACAGCCUCGAGCAUACGGCAAUUUGCUGGCUGUCGUCUUGGUAAUACUUAUACUAUUCAUACUUAUACUUCAACUUUAAAACCGCCAAAGAAAGCAAAUCCGGUGGUGCCUUCGUCGUAUAGAUAUCUUGCAACUACACAGCACACGAGAAAACAGAAGCUUGAAGAUGAGGCGACAAGGGAAACAAACAAAAAAGACCAAGCGGCGUAUGAGCAAGAAGUAAAAUUCGGAAUUGAAGAUGCUACGAAGCAGCAGAUCAAACGUCCCUGGCAGAGGGAGGGCGCCGACGAGCCUCCCGUCAGCGAGUCGAGGCGGACCAUGAAUAAGACCAUGACCAAGGGCAAACUACUGACCACUCCAACCCGACUCCUAAAACUGAUCCUACCCCUCCCCGUCGACGCGACCCACGACGAGCAUGGCAACAAAGGGGAAUUCCGAUCCCUCGCCCAAAACGAAGACAUCCAACCCCUAGCCCUGCUCGUCCACCCCCAACAGCCCCUAUCCUACCUCGAGCGCCUAAUCCAAGCCGAGCUCCCGCCAAUCCGCGACAGCGACGACCGCGAGAAGAUGCCCAGCGUGUAUUUCCUAGCCGAGGGGUCCGAGCGGGACGAGACCGGGCGCAAAAUCGGGAUCGGCCAGGAGAAAUCCAACAUCGCGUCGUACUCGGGCCUCGGCCGCGAGGGCGCCGACACCCCCGCCGAGCACAAGGACUGGGUGCGCUGGAGCAGCUCCACCGAGAUCGGCGACUUCAUCCGCGACGCCGCGCGCGGCCGCGAGUUCGCCAUCGAGAUCACCGGUCACGGCGCCGAGAUGCGCGUCGACGUGCCCAGCUUCAACGACCGCACGCACUACAUGCGUGUUCGCCUGCGGCGCAUGUCCCACAAGAUCGAGGAGCUUUCCAAGAUCAAGCACGAGUGCGACAUGCUUGCCCAUCGCGGCGUCCAUCGAAUCGCCAAAGCCGGAUUCGUCGUUCUGUCGGGGUGGUGGGGCGCUGUCUACUUCCUGACCUUCCACACUGACCUUGGCUGGGACUUGAUGGAGCCUGUAACGUAUCUCGCCGGCUUGAGUACUAUGAUGGGCGGUUAUCUGUGGUUCCUGUUCAUCAGCCGGGACCUGAGCUACCAGGCCGCGCUCAAUAUUACCGUUUCGCGGAGGCAGAACAUCCUAUACCAGGAGCGCGGGUUUGACCUGCAGAAGUGGGAGAAUUUAUUACACGAUGUGAAUGCGCUGAGGCGGGAGAUUAGGACCGUGGCCGAGGAGUAUGAUGUCGAUUGGGACGAGAUGACGGAUCUCGGCGGGGCGGAUGUGAAGGAAGUACUUGAGCACGAGGAGAGGAAGGUCGAAGGUAAUCGCAAGCAGGAGGAUAAGGAUGACAAGGAGAACGCGAGACAUAAGUCGGAUAAAAGCGAUGAGUCAUGAUACCGGCCGGAUACACAUAGAAUAUAGCUGUAGAGCAAAGCGUAGUUCAUUCCAAUCGAGAUCAAGUUUGAAAAUCUCGUACUAUGUAAUGUAAUUUUAUGUAACGCGCGUAGAAGGCAAAAUUCGGAUGAGAAGACCAA